GAACUUGUCUUACAUUCAAAAAUGACAAUCUCUUUGAUUCUACUGUUGACUGUGUGAGAGAGAGGAGGAACCGUGCGGCAAUCCGGGGUGGUGAAUUGGCACACUUGAAUGCGACAGCAAUCUUGCACCGCUUGGCAACAACAUCGAAGCUGGACGAGCAGCCAUCGGAAUGGGACGAGCAGCAGUGAUUGACGGUAAUGCUGGAGUGUUUGUCCGGCCCUUUGAGCCCUGCCGGAGCGAUAUUUCUUUGGCGGCACUCUCGUGAACGACCAUUUCGAGGUUUGGGGGUGGCGCGUCGAUCCGAAACGUCUGGAGAUACAAGGCAUCUCGCAUCUGGGCCGUAUUCAAGACCACAUCAUCACGAUCCCCCCGGUGAUGAAUCUGAGCUUGUGUUUGAGUCGUCUUGACACGUUCCUGAUAGACUGGGACUGAGCCCGAGGUGUCACACUUAUACUUGAUGCAAUUGUGUUGCACGUUCACAGAACAGAGAAUGUCCUACGAAAUCUCAGUGAUGUACCACCGCCCUGAUAACACCAAUCGCGGCAUCCCGUAUUGUCCAAGGCUUGGAUCCACAGUGGCCUCUUGCAGCAAGAUGAUGUCAGGCAGCUCGGAUAUACUGUUGACCGACCCUGGUCGUUGCAAUAGCUCCUCCAAACGACAGACUCUCGUUUGCGAAUCCCUUCGGGUGAGGACAUAAGAUCGCAGCCCGCAA